CACCCGCGGGGCCGGGAUUUGAGGUGGGGGCCCGGCGCCCGCACCAUGGGGAACUCGGUGAGUCGGCCCAGCUGCCUGGGCGAGAAGAGCCGGCGGCCAGAGGAGCUCCUCCGGGAGCCGCAGCUCCAGGACCUGGAGCUGGACGUGGGGCAGCCGCCCGGCGGGAGCGUCGCGGAGCCCCGGAUGGGGCCGCUGGAGAAGCCGCCGGUGCCGGUGGAGAAUGGCUGGAGCCCGGCACCUGCGGCUGGCUGGAGCGGGGCAGGCAGCCCUGUGCUGAAGCGCAGCCUCUCGGAGGUGGCGGUGCAGAACGGGAGCGCAGCCUGCGUCCCACUCAGGGCGCAGGGUGAGGCGCGGGGCGCAGCCUGGACGCCCCCCCGGGCCGGCGCCCCUCGGAGCGCCUGGUCCUGGAAGCCCGUCACCACCCGGGAGGUGACAGAAGUGACGGAGGUGACAGAGACCAUCGUGACGGAGAUCGUGGAGGUGACCGAGUACCCGGCCGGCGAGAAGGGCGGAGAGCCCCUGGUCACCCGGACGGUCACGGUGCUGACGGAGCACAUGGGGGAGCUCGCAGCCAGCGCCCACUCCGGACACGCGGAUGCCCCAGAGGUGUCCCUGCGGGCUGUCCCCAUCCCGGAGGAUGUGGCAGGUACGGAGCGAGCCCAGGACACCCUGGAGAGCCUGCUGGCGUGGGUGGCAGACAUGGAGGAGCUGGUGAGCAACCAGAAGCCGCCCUCCUCAGAAGUGAAGGUGGCGAAGGCGCAGCUGGAGGAGCAGAAGCUCCUGAAGCGGCUGCUGGAGGAGCGGAGGCCCCGUGUGGAGCACGUCCUGCAGGAGCAAGCGGUGCUGCCAGGCACCACGGCAGCAGCACCCGAGGGGAGCAGCAGCCUUUCCAGCCUCGGGGAAAAGUGGGGCAAGCUGAUGCAGGAGGCUGAAGCCAGGUACGGCCGCCUGGAGCGGAUCCUGCCGGCAGCACAGGGCUUCCAGGAAGCCGUGGACUCCUUCCAGGAGUGGCUCGGUGCCACCGAGCGGCAGCUGGCCCAGCUCUGGCGUGCCAAUGGCUGCGUCAGCCGCGUGCAGGAAGCCCACCAGCAAACCCAGGCCCUCUGCGAGGAGAUCCGCGCCCGGCUGGCGGAGCUGGAAGGAGUCCUGGAGAGCGGGCAGCGGGUCCUGCAGAUGGUGACAGGGGAGGAGGCGCAGCUGGCGCAGGAGAAGAUGGAAUCCCUGAGGAUGCGGUACCUCAUCGUGGGCCAGAGCAGCGCUGACACCAUGCACCGUCUGGGGCAGACCCUGGAGGCCUCAUCCCGCGUGGGCACUGCCCAGGAGGACCUGGCGCUCUGGCUGGGACGCAUGGAGAAGGAGCUGGCCUCUUGGGACAGCCAGCACGGCGGCCAGGAGCCUCCAGUCAGCACGAGCGACAGGGAGAAGUUCGAGCAGAUCCUGGGCUCCGAGCUCGCCCACCUGGCAGGGCUCGGCGAGCGGCUGGAGGCAGUCAGCCAGGUGCAGCUGGACGCGCAGGCGCUCCGCUCGCAGCUCUCGGACCAGAAGCUGCUCUCCGCUGAGAUCCUGCACCACCGCGGGCUGGCGGAGCGGCUGCUGGGCAUCGCGGACCCGCUGCUGCGGUCCUGCCCCGAGCCCCUGCAGCAGCACCUGCAGCCCUCGGUGCAGGCGCUGCGGGAGCGCGCGGAGCAGCUCUUCGUGCGCAGCGGGGCCUGCGCCGUGCAGCUGGAGCACGCCCAGUCCCUGCUCGCCCAGUUUGCCGAGGCUCACGCCGAGCUCUUGCCGUGGCUGGAGGAGACGCAGGCUGUCGGGGUGCAGCUUUCCCCAAACGCCAUCAGCUACGAGGCCUUCAAGGAGCAGCAGGCACUGCUGCAGUGCCUGCGGGAGGCGAUCGCGGAGCACCGGCCCCUGAUGGGGAAGCUGCAGCGCGUCUCGGCGCAGCUGGUGGAGCUGAGCCCGGAGCAGGGCGCCCCAUUCCAGCAGCGCUGGCAGGAGGCCGAGGAACAAUACUGCCGUGUCCGCGAGCGUGUGCGCCAGGCGGCCGCUCUGCUGGAGGAUGCGCUGCCGCGGUACAGCCAGCUGACCGAGCGCAUGGACCUGCUGCUGGAGUGCCUGGAGCGGCUGCAGAGCCGCCUGCAAAGCCAGCCGUCUGUCCGCGGAGACACGGCCCACCUUCGGGAGCAGAUCCGUGAGAACAGCCUGGCCCUGGGCGAGCUGGAGAAGCUGGGGGUGGCACUGGAGACCGUGCAGGCACAGGGCGCCGAGCUGCUGGCCAGCAUGCAGGCAGCCAACUCUGACGCUGCUGCCAGAGGGAUCCAGGAGCGGACGUCGCAGCUGCUGUCCCAGUGGGGCCGCCUGCGGGGCUGCUGCGAGGAGCAGGAGCGCCGGCUGCGGGAGCUGCUGGCGCUGGCCGACCGCUUCUGGCACAGCCUCUCGGAGCUGGCCCUGACGCUGAGCGACACCCAGCAGCUGGUGCUGGGCCUGGAGGAGGCUGGUGGCGAGCCCGAGGCUGUCCGCACACGGCUCCGCACCAUGCAGGCACUGCGGGAGGAGAUCGACUCGCUGCAGGGUGAGCUGGACACGCUGGGCAUCCUGGGCGUGGAGCUGAUGUCCUCCUGUGGGGACCCUGACAAGCCCGAUGUCACCAAGAGCCUGGAUGAUCUCUACUCCUCCUGGCACAGCCUGAACAAGGUGUGGACGGAGCGCUACGCCCGCCUCGAGGAGCAGCUCCAGGCCUCCGUCAGCUACCAAGAGACCAUGCAGCGGCUGUUCGAGUGGCUGGACACGGCUGAGCUGCGCAUCGCAGAGGAGUUCCUCGUCGGUGGGGACCUGGACAUGGUGCAGCAGCAGCUGGCGGAGCUGAAGGAGUUCAAGCGGGAGCUCUACCAGUGCAAGGUGGACGUGGAGAGCCUACGGCACCAGGCUGGCCCAGGGGGGCAGGGGCAGGGGGACCCCCCGGCCCCACUCAGCGACUUCCGCCAGCGCUGGGACCGCCUGGAGGAGGAGAUCGUCAGCCGCCAGCACCAGCUGGAGGCAGCUCUGCUGGGCCUGGGGCAGUUCCAGCACCAGCUGGAGGAGCUGCUGCAGUGGCUGUCCCAUACCUCGGAGCAGCUGCAGGGCCCCACGCUGCUGCGCCUCGACCUGCAGAGCUGCGAGAUCGAGCUGGCCAAGCACAAGGUGCUGCGGAACGACGUGAUGUCCCACGCCCGCACCGUGCAGUCCGUCAAUGAGGCCGGGCAGGGCUUGCUGCUCUCCAGCCUGGGGGACAGCGUGGAGGGGCUGCAGCGCAGCCUGCAGCAGCUCAACCAGCGCUGGGACGUGGUGCAGAGCGAGACCGAGAGCCGCCAGCUGGAGCUGGAGAACAACCUCAGCCAGGUGCAGGACAUCACGCUGGAGAUCACGGAGCUGCUGCAGUGGCUGGAGCACGUGGAGCUGCAGCUCUUCUUCUCCAAGCCGGCGUGGGGCCAUCCAGACACCACCAAAGAGAAGCUCGCCGCUCACCUCGAGCUGUGCAAGGAGAUGGAGUCCAAGCAGGAGACGUACAACGCCGUGCGGGACCGUCUGCAGCGGCUGCUGGGCUCCUGCCGCGCUGCACGGCCCUGCAGCACCGAGCACAGCCUGCGCAUCCUGGAGCAGAAGUGGGAGAGCGUCCACGCUGAGGCACAGGAGAGGAAGGAGCGCCUGGCCGAGGGGCUGACCGUCACCACUGAGUUUCACGGCACCAUGCAGGAGCUGCUGCGCUGGGUGGCACAUGCAGAGGAGCUCCUCGGCUCCCCCGCGCCCCCCAGCUUCAUCCUGGACACUGUCACCGUGCAGAUCCAGGAGCACAAGGCCCUGGUGAAGGAGGCAAACGCCCACGGGGAAAAGCUGAGCAGCCUGGAGGCCGUCGCGUCACGCUUGAAAGACUUCAGCAGGAAGCAGGACGGAGCCGUGAUCCAGAACCUCGUGCUGACAGCCAAGGAGCGGCUGGGCAAGGUGCUGCAGCACACGGCAGAGCGUGGGGCGGCUCUGGAGGAGGCCCGCAAGCGCACCAAGCAGGUACCCGGCCGAGGUGGCGGGGGCACAGGCCCUGCAGGGAGCUGUGCCGCGCUGCCCGUGGCUCGUGCUGUGGCGCGGCACUGUGCGCCCUGCACAAGUCCCCUCUCCCUGCUGCAGUUCAGCGAGUCCCGGCGGCUGCUCUUGGACUGGAUGGACGAAGCAGAGCAGGCCCUGGAGGUGCCGCAAGACACGGCCACGAGCCAGGAGGAGAUCAAGUGCCAGCUGGCUGAGCACAAGGCUUUCCAGAGGGAGCUGCGCUCGAAGCGGCCGGUGUACGAGGCCACGCUACGGAGCGGGAGGGCCCUGCGGGAGAGAGCCCGGCUCCCUGAGGACCUGCAGCCGCUGGAGGAGCUGCUGGGGGAGCUGAAGGAACGCUGGGACGCGCUGUGCAGCCGGGCUGCCGAGAGGCAGCACAAGCUGGAGGAGAACCUGCUCUUCUCAGGCAAGUUCACCGAUGCGCUGCAGGCUCUCAUGGACUGGUUGUACCGUGCUGAGCCGCAGCUCAGUGAGGACGUGCCCGUUGGAGGGGACCGGGACCUGGUCAGUGACCUGAUGGACAAGCAUAAGGUCUUCCAGAAGGAGCUGGGCAAGCGAGCCAGCUGCAUCAAGAUGCUGAAGCGCUCGGUGCGGGACCUGACCCGCGGCAGCAGCAGCGUGGACUCCCAGUGGCUGCAGAAGCAGAUGGAGGAGCUGAGCACGCGGUGGGACCUGGUCUGCAAGCUCUCCGUCUCCAAGCAGGCCCGGCUGGAGGCUGCGCUCCGGCAGGCAAAGGAGUUUCACACCCUGGUGCAGUCCUUCCUGGGGCGCCUCUCCGAGUCAGAGAAGACCCUCAAGUACGGUGUCUUCCCCGAGGAGGAAGCGGCUGUGCAGGAGUGCCAGAACCAGCUGCAGGAGCUGAUGAAGUCCCUGCAGUGCCAGCAGCUGGAGCUGGAGUGCAUCACCUCGCUGGGGGAGGAGAUCCUCUCCACCUGCCACCCAGACUCCAUCAUCACCAUCAAGUCCUGGGUCACCGUCGCCAAGAGCCGCUUCCAGGAGGUGCUGAGCUGGGCGCAGCAGCAGGGCGAGAGGCUGCAAGCCCAGCGGGCCAGCCUGGCGGCCGAGCGGGAGGAGAUGGCCCAGCUCGUCGACUGGAUCACGGCCGCCGAGGAGGCGCUGAGCCUGCGGGACCAGGAGCCGCUGCCGGAGGAGGCUGAGCAGCUGGAGGAGCUCAAUGCCCAGCACGCGGUGUUCAUGGAAGAGCUGAACCGCAAGCAGCCUGAUGUGGAGAAGGUCACCAAGAGCUGCAAGCAGAAGCUGGCCACUGAGCUGGGGCCGCCAGCCGCCCGCAGACUGGCCACACGUAAGAGCCCGUUUGCCCCCGAGCUGCGCCCCGGGCCCCUGGCCGUGCCCUCACCCCUGUCUCCGCUGGCUGCAGGGCGCCGCAGUGUGGGGAAGGCACAGGGUGCUCCGGCGGUGCCACUAGGGGGGCUGGAGCCCCAGACGCCCCUCAUGGCCCAGCUCCUGCACCGCUGGCAGCAGCUCUGGCUCCUGGCUCUGGACAGGCAGUACCGGCUGGAGACGGCCCUGCAGCGCCUGCGGGAGCUGGAGGAGUUUGCUCACUUCGACUUCGGGGUCUGGAGAAAGCGUUACAUGCAGUGGAUCGGCCAAAUGAAGUCCCGUGUCCUGGAUGUUUUCCGUGGCAUCGACAGGGACCAGGAUGGGCGCAUCAGCCAGCGGGAGUUCAUCGAGAGCGUCCUCUCCUCCAAGUUCCCCACCAACGUCCUGGAGAUGAACGCCGUGGCGAGCAUCUUUGACAUGAACGGUGAUGGCUUCAUUGACUACUACGAAUUCGUCAGCACCCUGCACCCCAACCGGGACCCGCUGCGCCGGACUGCGGAUGCCGACCAGAUCCAGGACGAGGUGAACAGGCAGGUGGCCCAGUGCAACUGUGCCAAGCGCUUCCAGGUGGAGCAGAUCAGCGCCAACAGGUACCGGUUUGGGGAGUCUCAGCAGCUGCGGAUGGUGCGGAUCCUGCGCAGCACCCUGAUGGUGCGGGUUGGCGGGGGCUGGAUUGCGCUGGAUGAGUUCCUGGUCAAGAACGACCCCUGCAGAGUGAAGGGCAGGACCAACCUGAAGAUCAACGAGAAGUACCUGUCCCCAGAUGCCUUCGGGGCCACCGCAGCCAAGUGCGCGGGGAACCAGUCAGCCCCCUCCUCCAAAGUGCUGUCCCCCAGCCGCUCCAACUCCAGCCUCAGCCUCUACAGCAGCGCCUCAGCCCCCAGCAGCCCCCUGGCCAGGAAGUCGGUGCUGCGGAGGACGCGCUCUGGGGACCGGUGCCCCCGCUCCCGUGGCUCCCUGCUGCCCGACGGGGCCGAGCUGCAGUUCACCGCGGCCGAGGAGAGCCCGGAUGUGGCACCCCCAGAGCCGCCUGAGGGGUCCCCCCCCAGAGCGCUGCAGCCCCUGCCGCUGAGCUCCCCCAGCCACCCGCCCUGCGCCCAGCACCCUUGGCCGGCCCCACUCAGGACUCUUCUCCCCGGAGGCCGCCCGCCACGGGGCUGGAGGAUGGCGAAGCUGCAGCCGUGCGCCCCACGGGUCUCCGGGCCGAGGGUAGCCGCCCUGCGCGCUCUGGUACUGCGCUGUGGCCCUCCGAGUGGGUGCCCACCGGCAAGGGCUGAGCUGUCUGUCCAUCACUGAUCCCAGCAUAUAUGCAAGCAUCCCCCGACACACACCAAACCACCCCCAGGCUCUGGCUGGCACAUCCCCCAGCCCCACCAGCCCACCCGGCAAGGUGGGGGGCCCAAGACCCUGGUGCCCCAGUCGGAGCACCCGGGGCAGCUGUGGGUGGCCCGGAUCAUCACGGUGCUGGGCUCCCCCAGGGCCACGGUGGCCGCGGUGCCCCGGGGAUGGCCCCUGCCUGUCUCCCCCAGGCUCCUGUGCCCUUAAGGCAGCUGCUGGGGCCCCGGGGCAUUUGGCACCAGCUGGCGGGGAGCCUGCCCUCACCCCCUGCCCAUGCUCGGUGAGAGGUGGGAGGUGGCAGCGUGCCGCAGCCGGGCACUGGGGCCCCUCACCGGAUGCCAAGCCCCAUUUCUGGUGCUAACCCCCACCCCGCGGGCCUUUGGUGUGUGCGCACCAGGCCCUGGCCACAGCCGUCCCCGGCAGGGCUGGGGCUGCCACAGGCGGGGGUCCCUGUGCCCCCAUCCCGCCCGCAGCACCCCUCGGGUGGCGGGCCCCUGCCCUGCUGACGCAUGUUCACCGCCACCCCGCUAACCGGACAGCAGUAGAGCUGAAUGUAACCCUGGCCGGGGCACGGCCCCGCCAGCCACAAUAAAGAGUAGAUUUCUUUUUCUAUAACCA